CAUACCGCUAUUUGUGUUGCAUGCCUUCUUUGUUAAGCAUAAAAAACGCAUCCCGUAAUGGCAAAGUUUUGUCUUCUGGAGAAUCUUAACUUUUAUCUUUUUGAUUGACGUUCACACGCCAAACCUGUUGCUCCUGAUUUUCCUGAUCUGACAGACCAUUACUAAAGCCAGAGGUAGCCGAAGAAGAAGAGGAGGGAGCAGCAGCUUUGAGACGACAGAAAAUGGUCAAGGAUAGGAAAGUAGGUGUGGCCAUGGACUUCUCAAAGAGCAGCAAGCACGCUCUGCAAUGGGCAAUAGAUAAUUUGGCCGACAAAGGAGAUACCCUUUUCAUCAUCCACAUCAACCCCAACUCUGUCGAUGAGUCUCGUCACCAGCUUUGGGGAAAAUCUGGCUCUCCUCUUAUUCCUUUGACUGAGUUCAGAGAGCCCGAGAUUAUGAAGAAGUAUGAUGUUCAGACUGAUAUGGAAGUUCUUGACACGCUUGACACUGCAGCGAGACAGAAAGAGGUAAACAUUGUUACGAAACUGUACUGGGGAGAUGCGAGGGAGAAGCUUGUAGAAGCUGUUGAAGAUCUGAAGCUGGAUUCUUUGGUAAUGGGAAGCAGGGGGCUUAGUACCAUCCGAAGGAUUCUGGUGGGAAGCGUGAGCAACUAUGUGAUAACGCAUGCUACUUGCCCUGUCACCAUCGUCAAGGAUUCAAACUCUGCUUAGCCUUCAUUUCAGUCAUUUGGAUUUUGGUUUUUGAGUAAUGAUAUGUAGACAAUAUAUUGUAUAAUUAUGUAAAAUAUUAUAAAAAAUAUUAUAUAUAAAUAAUUUUUCUUAUUUUUAGUGCUCUGUUGUUACCUAUUUACCGUACCAUUUACAGUGCUCCUUUUCUAUGUUUUCCUGAAUUAAGUUCUGUGCUUAAUUACAGUCAAUUACGAAGUAUAAUGUCUUUUGUUUUCUUAACAAAAA